CACAGGGAGGGAGGGAGUGAUGGCGAGAGGGAGAAAUUGAAUUAGAGGAGCAGAGCGAACCUCAGAGGAGACAGCACAACAAAACUUCUCCUCAACAGUCAAGCAAGUGGAGCUGCACACUGGCUUGUCUCCUUUUCUUCGCACAUGGCUGCCUAGUUCCAGCAGCAACAACGCCUGCAGUCUAAAGUUUUGGGUCUGGAAACAGGUCCCCGCAUUGAAAGAUGGACCAUUUAAAAAGGACCUGGUCGCGCUGGAGAAUAACACUGUUUCUGUUUGUUCUGCUUCAUGUAACAACGACACAUGCGGCUGAUUCCAUUGAUGUUCUGCAAGCGCUGACGCUGUCAGAGAAGAUGGAGGGGGUGUCCUUGGAGGCUGGUCUCUGCACCAGCAGGAGAGGCACAGAGGAGGCAGACCUGGCCUACAGGAUCAAAAGGAUCCAGCUCAGUGCUCCCACCAAACAGCUCUUCCCUGAUACCACGUUUCCUGAGAAUUUCUCCCUGAUGACUACCAUGCGAGCUCAAGAGGGCUCCCAGUUCUUCCUGCUUUCGCUGUAUGAUGACCAGGGAGUACAACAGCUGGGGCUCGAAGUAGGCCGGUCACCUGUCUUCCUAUAUGAGGAUCAGGACGGGCAGCCAGCACCAGAAAUGUACCCCAUUUUCAAGAAGGUCAACUUUGCUGAUGGAAAAUGGCACCGGAUAGCCUAUAGUGUGCAGGAUAAAACUGUGACCCUUUACUUGGAUUGCAAGAAAGUAGAGACCGUGGAACUGCUGCGAGGGGACAAUGCUGUAGUCAGCACAGAGGGUGUCACUGUGUUUGGGACACGGCUGCUGGAUGAAGAAGUAUUUGAGGGAGAUAUUCAACAACUGCUGAUUGUGGAGGACAGCGAGGCUGCUGCCAACUACUGUGUAAACUACAUACCAGACUGUGACUCAGCUUUGCCCUAUCACAGCCAAGCGCUGAACCUGCAGGAGACCUUCCAAUAUGGGUCUGAUGCCUUGAUGCAAAGUGACCAGCCAACUGAACCAAAGGAGGCCCCCAAAAAGGAGAAGAAAGGAAAAAAGAACAAAAAGAAGAGGGAUAAAGGCUCUAAAGACAAACGCAAAGGCAAGGGCAAGGGCAAGAGGAGAUCCAGAAAGAAAAAACACGAAGAGGAAGCUCUGGAGGAAGGCUUCCUUAAAGUUUCCACAAUACUGCCUCCAUAUCGAACCCAGGCAACUUUUCAGGCAACUAAGUUGCCAGAAAUUAAGAGUACCCUAGAAACUACCAUUCCAACUGAUGUUUUCUACAAGACCUUCACGGAGAUACCAACACAUGAACCUGACUUCACAACUGAAGCCUCUACUUUCAUACCUAGGACAUUGCCUGUGUCAAAGGUUACCGAGGAGGAGGACACACCUGUAAGGGAACCAGUGGUGGAAGAGUAUGAAGAUGACCUUUUAGAAGACCUUUAUCAUAAUCUCUCAGUUUCCACAGUAACAGUGGGCCCAAAUGUUACUGAAUAUGAGAUUCUUGAAUAUGACGAUUUCAAGAAUGAUACAGAGUUAGAGUAUGAGGAGUAUGAAAUAGACGAGGAUGGCUUUGGCAAUGCAGAGCGGGAAAGUGCUCAGACAUGGGAUGGAGAGGCUAACCUCAGAGCAGAGAAAGGCCAGAAGGGAGAGCCAGCUAUUAUUGAACCGGGUACAAUAGUGAAAGGACCCCCAGGGCUACCAGGGCCAGAGGGGUUUCCUGGACCAGCUGGUCCAGUAGGACCUCCAGGACCCAGGGGAGAUCCUGGUGACUUGGGUCCCCCAGGACGGCCUGGCCUUUCCGGGGCUGAUGGGAUUCCAGGCCCUCCAGGAACACUGUUAAUGCUACCAUUUCAGUUUGGAGGUGAUUCCCAGAAGGGGCCAGUGGUGUCCCCCCAGCAGGCCCAAGCGCAAGCUAUAUUGCAACAGGCCAAGAUGUCACUCAGGGGGCCUCCAGGUCCGCUUGGUCUUACAGGGCGACCGGGCCCAUUGGGUGAUCCAGGUCCCUCUGGGCUCAAAGGAGAACGUGGAGAAAGUGGCUCUGCUGGACCACGUGGGUUGCCAGGCCCCCCUGGAAUUAAUGGGAGGCCAGGCAAGAGGGGCCGUGCUGGAGCGGACGGCGGUCGUGGCGCUCCAGGUGAAACUGGCACAAAGGGCGACAGGGGUUUUGACGGCCUCCCAGGUCUCCCGGGAAACAAGGGGCACAGAGGGGACAGAGGAAAGCCUGGUCCUCAGGGGCCUGUCGGGGAACCAGGAGAGAGGGGAUCUAAUGGACCUGUUGGGCCACGAGGGCAACCAGGCGAACCUGGUCCUCGAGGUCUUGUUGGGCCAAGGGGGCCACCUGGCCCACCUGGGCAACCGGGAAUUCAAGGAACUGAUGGAGUACCAGGGUCAAAGGGCAACCCGGGUCCAAUUGGAGAGAUGGGGCCCCCAGGUCAACAGGGAAAUCCUGGAGUGCAGGGCUUGCCUGGUCCUCAGGGUCUCAUUGGAUUGCCAGGAGAGAAGGGUCCCCAGGGGAAACAAGGCAUGCAGGGACUACCAGGCAUUGAUGGUCCUCCCGGUCACCCAGGAAGAGAGGGCCCCCCAGGAGAAAAAGGCAUCCAAGGUUUACCAGGGGCUCAGGGACCAGUUGGUUACCCAGGGAUUCGGGGAGUAAAGGGAGCAGAUGGAGUUCGAGGUCUAAAGGGGAGCAAAGGAGAGAAAGGAGAAGAUGGCUUCCCUGGGUUCAAGGGUGACAUGGGUGUCAAGGGAGACAUGGGUGAUAAUGGAGCUCCUGGUCCUCGUGGAGAAGAUGGACCAGAGGGGUCAAAGGGUCAAGCUGGACCCAUGGGAGAUACUGGUGCUUUGGGGAUAGCUGGCGAGAAGGGUAACCUUGGUGUCCCCGGUUUGCCAGGAUACCCAGGAAGACAAGGUCCUAAGGGAUCACUUGGCUUCCCUGGUGUGGCCGGGGUCCCAGGAGAGAAAGGACGAAGGGGCCCAGCUGGUCAGCAAGGCACCGGUGGGCAAAGAGGUCCUACUGGAGCCCGCGGGGGAAGAGGAGGAAAGGGACCAACUGGAAAGCCUGGAGAAAAGGGUGCUGCUGGACAAGAUGGUCCUCCAGGGUCCCCUGGAGAACAGGGUCCUCGAGGACCACAGGGAAGACACGGUGAACCAGGACCUAAAGGGCCUAAUGGUCCACCUGGAAAGGAUGGAAUACCAGGCCAUCCAGGUCAGAGGGGAGAACCAGGCUUCCAAGGAAAGAAUGGGCCCCCAGGCCCCCCGGGUGUGGUUGGACCACAGGGCAAAUCUGGUGAGACAGGACCAACAGGAGAUAGAGGCCAUCCAGGUGCACCAGGGCCACCAGGUGAGCAUGGUUUACCAGGAACUGCCGGAAAAGAGGGUGCCAAGGGAGACCCAGGUCCAUCAGGUGCCCCUGGGAAGAGUGGCCCUGUUGGGCUUAAAGGCUUCAGAGGGAGCAGAGGGACACCUGGCCAAACAGGUCCUGCAGGUCUGAAGGGAGGAGAGGGCCUACCUGGUGUCGCUGGGCCUAUUGGUUCCACUGGAGAGAGGGGUCCCGCUGGGCCGGCUGGCGCUAUUGGCCAGCCAGGACGCCCUGGCGGUGUUGGUCCUGCUGGGCCGAUGGGAGAGAAAGGCGAGCCAGGAGAGAAAGGACCCCCAGGGCCAGCUGGGCGUGAUGGAGAACUGGGACCAAGAGGGCUGCCAGGGACUGCAGGACCUCCUGGACCUCCAGGGGAGGAUGGAGACAAGGGAGAAACAGGAGUACCAGGCCAGAAGGGUAGCAAAGGAGACAAAGGAGAAGCUGGACCCCCAGGACCUGUUGGAAUUCAAGGACCUGUGGGUCAGCCAGGACUGCUGGGUGCAGACGGUGAAUCAGGUCCUCGUGGGCAGCAGGGCAUGAAUGGGGCAAAAGGAGAUGAAGGACCUAGAGGCUUUAAGGGGGGAUCUGGUCCUUCUGGACUACAGGGAAUGCCAGGACCACCAGGAGAGAAAGGAGAGAGUGGGCAUGUUGGCUCAAUGGGGCCUCCAGGACAGCCGGGUCCACGCGGUCCUCAAGGGCCCAUUGGGGGAGAGGGCCCACCUGGAAUGCCUGGUGGAGUCGGACAGCCUGGACUUGUUGGAGAGAAGGGUGAUGAUGGAGAAGCUGGAGAUCCUGGACCAGCUGGAGAGCCUGGCAUUGCUGGUCCCAAAGGCGAUGUAGGAGAAAAGGGGGAUUCUGGUCCUCCUGGCGCAGCUGGCCCCACUGGACCCAGAGGAACACCAGGAGAAGACGGACCCAAAGGCAACCUUGGUCCUAUUGGAUUCCCUGGAGAUGCAGGGCCCCCUGGUGAGCCUGGCGUCAAGGGAGUAGAUGGUGCACCAGGGUCUAAAGGAGAUAGUGGAGAGCCCGGCAAGGCAGGACCACCAGGGGCUUCAGGAGAGCCUGGUCCUCCAGGACCACCUGGAAGGAGGGGCCAUGUUGGUGCUGCAGGAAAAGAAGGAAAGCAAGGCAUGAAGGGAGCAAAGGGGACAAGUGGAGCCCAGGGAUCAGUGGGGAAGACAGGCCCAGUGGGACCCCAAGGACGGCCAGGAAGGUCUGGUCCAGAAGGGUUUCGAGGCAUUCCAGGUCCAGCGGGUGAACCAGGAUUAAAUGGACCACUAGGGCAGACUGGACCACCAGGACCAAUAGGGCCACCAGGACUCCCAGGAUUAAAAGGAGAUCCUGGAAGCAAGGGCGAUAAAGGUCAUGGUGGGCUGAUUGGUCUAAUUGGCCCCCCGGGAGAACCAGGUGAGAAAGGAGACAGAGGCCUGCCAGGAAACCAGGGUACACAAGGAUCCAAAGGAGAUCUGGGUAUGAACGGUCCUCCUGGACCCACUGGCCCACCAGGACCACCUGGACUCGCAGGUGCAGCUGGCCAGAAAGGAUCGAAGGGAGACACGGGUGUCGUUGGUCCCAGAGGAGAUCCAGGUCCUGCUGGCCCCCCAGGACCUCCAGGACUGCCUGCAACAAUCAUUGAGCCCCUCCCUAUCAUGGAAGGCAGGCGGAAGAGACGAAGGCACUCGGAACGGACAAGAAGAGCACCCCCCCCACCUAGGGAUGACAGAAUAGAGUUGGACAUGGAGGAGCCCCUCCAAGGAGACCAGCCUCUGGAGGAAGUUGAAGGAAUGGAAGAAGUGUUUGCCACUCUAUCUUCUAUGAAAAACGAAGUGGAGCUCAUGAGACUGCCUCUUGGAACCUUUGAGAGUCCUGCUCGGACAUGCAAAGAGCUCAUGAUGGUUCAGCCGAACUACAAAGAUGGUGACUACUGGAUAGAUCCUAACCAAGGGUGUAACAGAGACUCCAUCAAGGUGUUCUGUAAUUUCACAGCUGAUGGCCAAACCUGUCUCUUCCCUGACAAAAAGGCGGAGAUGGUGAAAUUAGCAGCAUGGAACAAAGAGAAACCAGGAAGCUGGUACAGCCAAUUCAGGAAAGGAAAGCAGUUCUCCUACAAUGACAGAGAUGGGAACCCUGUUCAUGUAGUUCAGCUGACCUUCCUGAAACUACUAAGUGCCACGGCCAAGCAGUCCUUCACUUAUAACUGCCAGAACUCAGCAGGCUGGUUUGACAGCACUUCCCUCUCCUACCAGCAUGCCCUCCGCUUCCGGGGGAGCAACGAUGAGGAGCUGACACAAGCCAAAAGCCCUUUCAUCAAUGCAGUGCAUGAUGGAUGCCAGCUUCGCAAAGGUCAGGAAAAGACUGUCUUAGAGAUUGACUCACCCUCAGCAGAAUUACUUCCUAUUAUAGAUGUCGCUCCGGCAGACUUUGGCGGCAGCAACCAGAAGUUUGGAUUCCAAGUUGGAAAAGUAUGCUUCAAUGGUUAACGCCUUGGCAAUGACAAACCCACACAAAGGCCUGCGCAGCAAGUUUUCAGUAAGAGAAACUAGGCUUCAACUGCUGCCCCAAACAAUAUUUAUUAUGUUAUGAUCCUGUAUGUGGUGGGUUUUAUUUAAGACUCUUCAACAGCCAAUGACAUGGUUUCUAUGGCUUUCCAGCAGCAGGAAUAAUAGUAAGAAAGAAGAUAUGCAACAAUGAGAACAAAGCACGUUUACCAAAGGGAAUUAUUUCAGUUAAAUAUAUUUAAUUUGUUCUUGUUUCUUUGUUUUUUUUCCUCAUUGUUUCACUAUGCUGUAAAUGAUCCUCUAGAAUUUCAAGGACUAUGCCACUUGACCAUGACCACUUUCAUAAACAAGAUGGAUCUCUCAAAUCACACAAAGAAAUAGUCUGUAUUUUACUGGUAAUGGUCACUUGAGUGGUGCUUCGUAUCUCAUGUUUAACAAAGACUGAGACUGAAAAAAGUCAGAGAUGUUGCCAUUCUUGCAUGCUUGGAUUUUACUCUAAUGACAAUUGCAUAGCAGUUGUGAACUAGCCUUGCAUAUUAAUUACACAGAAGCACUAUAAUUAAUUUCUUGUGUGCAGGAAUGAUAAAUUAUCCUUUUUACCCCUCAACUGCAGUUUGCUCAGUGAAUUACCUUGAUUUGUAUUCAUUUGGUGUUAUUGAACCCUACACUUACUUGAACAAAUAAGGUUGUUUCCUUUAUUGGACUGCUUCUCCCGUGGGCUUGAUAAUACAUUUUUUGAGCCCAUGUUUCUACAGACCAGAGUAGUGUGUAAGUCAUCGUAAUAUUGUUCCUACUGUGGUAUACUGUUACUUGCUGUGGCAUACCUCAAUACCUGGAUUGAGGUUAUUUUAAGGCAAGAAUUGAGAAUAUGCUGUUUAAAUGCUCUCUAGUCUGAACUGCAGUCCUUCAAACCACAAGACAUUUCAAGCUUCUCUUAAAGGCAUUUUAGAAUUGCUGACACAACCUGUUUUCAUUUUUCUGCCCUGCUCAGAGGUUUUUCUUUCUCUGUAUUGCUCAUAUCUUGCUAUCUGAACAAAGUACAAUGCUGUUCACUUGGAACAAUUUGCUCUUCAGUGGUGCUAAAGACGAUUUUGUUAUUUUUGUGUCAAUGUGUUGUUUGUUUGUAUCUUUGGGCAGGAUUAUAGGACUAGAGAGCGAGAGGGUUACUGCUCUUUCAGCAGCAUGAACCAUCCUCAGAGGAUGGGGACUAGUCUCCUGUUUUUUGCACAUCUUCUGGUCAAUUUCACAGGGCCUGUAAGAGGAGGUUAGGAACAAUUCAGAACACUGUGGUCGAUUGCUUUAAAAGGAAAAACCAGCUUUAAACCAAAUUUAUAUUUUUGCUAUUACAGUUAGAUAGCAGCUUAAUAGCCCCUAAAGUAGAAAUUAUAACAUCAAAACUGGAGUUAAUAAUGUUGCAGAAGUAGAUCCAUCAUACAUUUUCUGUGGAGAUUUUUUUUUUUCAAAAUCCUUUUUAUUGUAGAGCUAUGGAUCAGAGAUUGUCACGUCUCAGUAAAAUUACCAUGGGUGCACUUGUAGUGUCACAAGUGUAAUUCCAUUAUUCACUGUCUGUGGAGCAGCUCUGGGAUUUCUCUUUAGAUAAUGUUAUUACUACCAUCUGUCUCUGUGCGUUGGCUUAAACAGUCUUCUUUGAAUUAACAAAUGGAGCUGUGAAAUAUUACAGAAAUUAGAUUUCUGUGCAAGUUCUAUUAGUUUUUCCUUUAGCAAGUUACAUUUUUUAAUCCACCAAAUACCUCCUGUAACAUAAUUAGUUGACUAAUUGUAUCUAGCAUGUUUAACUUUGCAAUUCGCUCUGUUUUUUUUCCUAGCAUUUAUACAGUGCCAUCAUUAACGCCUCUCCUCCGGUCCCAUCAUGCACUGCCCCUCCUAUGUAUAGCGUUUGUUGUACUAAUUUUAUAUACUGUACAGGACUUUAUGAGCAAUAACCUGUUGUGUGAAUGAAAAACAAAUGCAUUUGUCAAAAGUUGGUGUCCAAAUAAAAACAAAC